CCUCAUCCACGUUCCACCUCUUCCCAUCCCCCGCUGCUGACUGAAGUUCCAGCAGACAGAAGUCACUGAUGCAGAAAUGUAUAUUUCCAGGAGUCAAUAAGCUCCGAGCUACAGCACAAUUGGAGCAAGAGGAUUAUGGGGUGAUACUAGACAGUAAACCACACAGCACUGACUCAUAGCAAGCUACAGAGGAAAAGUAUUGGCACCAGGUCAUGUGCUGCACAUCUGCAAUGCAAAUUAAUUAUCAUCUAUCCAGACAUAUAUCAAAUGAUCAAAGCUCCCGCUGCCAGGAAUGACUAGGAAUUUGUGGCAGAUCCUGAAAUUCACAACACAGCAGGAGAUGUCGGGAUUCAUUAGGAACUGCAGCAGCUCUAGGCCCCAAGGCAGUGGAAACGAGAGAAGCGCGGUAACGAGCAAGUCGGAGCAUUAAUAGGUCAGCCAAUGAGGAGGGGUGCAAGGUGGCGACCUUGCAGAGGCUCUUGUCUGAGACCCAGCAAACCUCAUUGCUCUGGUGCAACUCUGAGCACCUUUUCUCUCCUGUCCCUUCCAGAGUCCAAAGGGAGAUGGUGAUGAUGAGGAGGAAGGAGGAUCCCAUGAGGCCCCAGUGUCAGCAUUCAUCAUGCUCUUUGCAGUGAGAGCCUGAGACUUUCCAGCGCUGAACAUUUCUGUGUCUCAUCUACAACCACACCCUGAAAUCAAAUUCACAGCCAGGUGAACCAGGCACUGUACAAACAUGUCAGAGCUGCCUCCGCCCCCUUCUCUCCCGCUCUCUCUUGCCUUCUCCUUUCUCUCUCAAGUUUCUCGGAGAGUCAACGGAUUCCAGCGUGAGAAUAUUUUCACCUCACCACUGGUUCUGGAGCAGUGAGAAAUCUGGGGAUAUUAAUGACUUAAUGUACUGGAGAACCGAACAGUGAAGUAGUCUGAGAAGAAGAAGAGAAGCACAUAGCUGGCAUCAUGUUUCGCAAAAAGAAGAAGAAACGACCUGAGAUCUCUGCUCCGCAGAACUUCCAGCAUCGGGUCCACACCUCGUUCGAUCCAAAGGAGGGUAAAUUCAUUGGCCUGCCCCCUCAAUGGCAGAAUAUUCUAGACACCCUAAAACGCCCAAAGCCAGUUGUAGACCCUUCAAGAAUCACCAGGAUGCAGCUUCAACCUAUGAAGACUGUAGUGAGGGGCAGCAGAAUCGAACUGGAGGGAUAUAUCUCUGGGAUACUGAAUGAUAUUCAGAAGCUUUCUGUCAUCAGUUCCAACACUCUAAGGGGAAAGAGCCCAACCAGCAGGAGGAGAGCUCAGUCACUUGGACUUUUGGGAGAGGACAGGCUCCCAGACAUGUAUCUUCAGAGCCCUGAGGUCGACUGGGAAGACAAAUAUGGAAACUACCUCAACUGCAAUGGUGGAAGCAAAGCAGCCCGAAGGCAGACGAUGUGGCCAGAUUAUAAACCCAGGACGGAUGGGCAAGCUCAUCCCAAUGGUAUGGUAAUGAAAGCAAAGUCCCUUGGGCCUUCAGAGUUCCAAGGUGAGGAUGGGCGCUGCAUCCAGCUCACUUCAGUUUCGCAGCAUCAACAGCACACCUGUGUUCUGGUUGGGAAGAGUGAUAAGGCUGAAAGAAGAAGCUCAGAAUGCUGGCCCCAGCCUUGCCUGGUGGCACAAGUGAAUCCCAGGCCUUCUGGGGAGGGCAGCCCUUGUCCCAAAUCAAGGGAAAACAGCUUGAAACGAAGGCUGUUACGAAGUGUGUUUCCCUCAUCCAGUGACUCAAAUAAGUCAGGCUCCGCCCUGCAGAUUAAGUCUAAUGCUUUCUUCAGGCCCCAGCAGUGGGGUUCUCCACGCAGCCCUUCAACCAAAGCCCAGUCUCUUCCGCCUGAUCAGCCAGCACCAGAUUUAACCAGGAUGAUUUCAGAAGCUGGUACCCCCCAGAAGAGCCCAACAACUGAGAAGGCAACUACAUUGCCACAGGGCAGGCCAUCACCAGCAGGAUCCCCCCGAAACAGACACACUCAGACCAGUUCCAGCAACCUUCACCUGUCCCAAGACUCUUCCGCUAAAGGACAGUUGGCCAAUGAAGACCCUGUGGUUGUGACUCAUGAGCAGUUCAAGGCUGCACUCAGAAUGGUGGUGGACCAGGGUGAUCCCCGGACAUUGCUGGAGAACUAUGUGAAGAUUGGUGAAGGAUCUACAGGCAUUGUCUGCAUCGCUCGUGAGAAGCAUUCAGGGCGACAGGUGGCAGUAAAGAUGAUGGACCUGAGAAAGCAGCAGCGACGGGAACUUCUUUUUAAUGAGGUGGUGAUAAUGAGAGACUAUCAGCACGUCAAUGUGGUGGAGAUGUAUAAAAGCUACCUGGUGGGAGAGGAACUCUGGGUGCUCAUGGAAUUUUUGCAGGGAGGAGCCCUCACAGACAUUGUGUCUCAAAUCAGGCUAAACGAGGAACAAAUUGCGACAGUGUGUGAGUCAGUGCUGCAAGCCCUUGCAUAUUUGCAUUCCCAGGGUGUGAUUCACAGAGACAUUAAGAGCGACUCCAUUCUCCUGACCCUUGAUGGAAGGGUGAAACUCUCAGAUUUUGGCUUCUGUGCUCAGAUCAGUAAAGAUGUACCAAAAAGGAAGUCCCUAGUGGGAACUCCAUACUGGAUGGCUCCGGAGGUUAUUUCAAGGGCCCCAUACACUACUGAGGUGGAUAUCUGGUCUCUAGGGAUCAUGGUGAUAGAGAUGGUGGAUGGAGAACCCCCCUAUUUCAGUGAUUCACCAGUCCAAGCAAUGAAGAGACUCCGUGACAAUUCUCCUCCCAAACUGAAAAAUUCUCACAAGACUUCUCCAGUUCUGAGAGACUUCUUGGAACGGAUGUUGACACGAGAUCCUCUAGAAAGAGCAACAGCUCAAGAGCUUCUGGAUCACCCCUUCUUGCUCCAGACUGGACUUCCAGAGUGCCUAGUCCCCCUUAUUCAGCAGUACAGGAAACGCACCUCCACCUGCUGACUCCGCACAUGGGGAAAAGCCAGUAUCCCAGCACUGGAAAGGCAUUUUCUCUGCUGGAAAUACUUGUACUUGACCAAGACUCAAGCAGUGUCACUCUGCGAACAGUGCUUAGAACUUGUCAGUAUUUUUUUUUGGAAGGAUGAAUGUGAAAAUUCCCUCCAGCCUUUAGCUGCUUCCCUUUCGCUGAAGACAAUCAAGUCAGACCCAAUAUCUUUCAAGAACAAAAUAGAGGCAUUACAUGGCUUCUGGAAUCUCAUAUUUCUCUUACAAGAAUGGCAUUUUUAAGAUGUCUGAAUUUGGAUAUUGAAGGGUCUGCAAACUCUGGAAAAUUUUAACUACUGGCUAUCAAAUUGGAACUAUAUUCCCCAAACAGAAAUGUGAUCUUUGUUUUUUAAUGUUAGUUGUACACUGGAGUCCUGAGCUAACCCAAAAGAGACGCAUUUUGGGACACCAACCUUCUAAAAAAUUCUAUCUUAAACAAUGCACAAGGAUUUCAACACUUUUUUGAGACUCUCUCUUAUUAUUUUAUCUCAUUCCACAUGUGUGAACAUCACUGGGCCUGAAAAAGCUACCUGGAGGGCAGAUGUAAUAUAUGUUUGGUUGGUUUCCAACUUCCUCCUUUGCAUCAAACUGCUUCAUUUCUAUGGAGAAUAUAUGUGGUUUAACAGGACAAAAAGAUGGUCUGUCUUGAGUCAACUGCAUGAUCUUAGAUGUGUGGAGGGAUGACGCUCCUUAGCACAGGCCUUCUCUAAGUGUCUCUCUCUCUUCUCUAUAGAGAAUGUACUGACUGCCACCAGAAUCCUAUGGCUGAAGCUUCAUAACAUGUAACAUCACUGUCUUCUCCAACACUGAAUCGAAUGGGAGGCAAAAUGGUGUUCUCAGCAGGAAGGGUUUAAGAAAGCUUGUCCCAGGGUCUAGGUCCCCCUGGGUACAUUGGAUUCAUAUCAAGAAAUGCUGCCUUGAAACAGCUGUUAGGUAGCACUUUGUACCAUUAUGAAUCCUGUAACAGGCUCAAUAAAAAAUUGAAGAUGUUUGUUUUCUUGGUGAGAAUGUUUGGCUUCCACCUCCCAUGUUUUGUUACAGUGAAGGGUGAGGAGGAGAGGGAGUGGUUAUGUGUGGUUUGUUAUUGGCAUGUCCUUGCUGAUAUGUCUGAAGGUUUCUGUUUGUCUAAGGCGCCCCUUCAAUCCUUUUAAAGUAAAUUUAGAAUUUUUGUAUAAGCUCAUUGAUCAGUGAGAUAGUCACGGUCAUUUUGACGCCUAGGUCAGGUUUUAACAUGUACAGUAAUGUGUUUAAAGUCAUGCAGAUAUCUGGAACUUAGUCUUAUCUGUGAAACUGGGAUCCCACUUUGCAGCCAAAUUAUAAAGAUCAUAGAAAUUUGGAUUCUUUUAGGGCACCCCGACUGCCUAAAAAAUUAAUCUCAUUAUUGAAUUAUCUUUACGAGGUUUUUAUUCUCCUCUUUCCCUCUACCACCUUCCCUGUUACAGAUCUUGCUAUAGACUUUUAGCUGUAAUAAAUAACUUGAAAUCAUCUAGCCACCUGGAUGAAACUUUGAUGCAAAAAAUUUCUGUAUUUCCAGGUAUCCUGUCUUUUUAUGCAAAAGAGCAGAGCCUUUUUAAACAGGCUUAUAAUUUGAAACACUGUCUAUAUUUGUGAAUUGUUUGCACUUGUGUUUUAAAAUAAAGUAGAUCU